UGCAUGCGCUCCUGUGGACUUUGCCUGUAGCUGCCUACGGUGUAAAGAGCCCUAUGGUGACUGUGCCGAGAGACGGAGCCGCAAGUGUUCAUGUCAGCGGAUGCAGGGACGGCAUGUAAUGAAGAAAAAUCUGUGACAGCUUGCAGGAGGACUGUGUUCAUACCGAAUCAUAUCCGUCUCUCUGAGACAUACAUGUGUAUAUUCGUAAAUAAGCCGCCGGACAUUUGUCCCUGAAGCCUGUCAGUUCACCUCCCAGACCUACGUUAGGAGUUUAAUCCCUUGUGUUGUUUUGGGUGUCGUGUGGGGCCCACCCCUUCAAAACGCUCUGACGGUUGCUCUUUCGCAAUCACUUUCACAUGGAUUAAACGUAAUUUAGGAUCGCUGAAAUACCUAAAGGCGGGGGGGCAGCUGCGGUGCACCGGCAAGCCGCUACCACAUGAGAGGAGCGAAGGAGGAGGACAGGAGUGAGGGAGUCUCGGCACCCCGGCACAAGGCACUGCUGCAUCGGAGGGGACGGGAGGGAUCCCAGCACAAGGAAACCACAAUGGGAAGCAGGUCGAGGUUGGCGGGGACUGUGGGCUCCAGCGGAACUAGUGCCGCGAAAAGAGAGAGGCGCCCGCUGGGAGAUGUGUCGCUCCUGCAUUUCGUCAGUGCCGAGCUGACCAGAGGAUACUUCCUGCAGCACAAUGAGGCGAAGUUCAUGGAGCGCCGGCAGCGGGUUUACACCUGCAUGCGGAUUCCCAGGGAGCUGGAGAAGCUGAUGGUGUUCGGCUUCUUCCUGUGCCUGGACGCCUUCCUGUACAUGUUCACCCUGCUUCCCCUCAGGGUGCUGCUCACAUUGCCCCGACUGCUCCUCCUGCUCUGCUUCAAACUCAGAGGCCCAUGCAUGGUGCAGCCCUCCCAGCUAUGCGACGUCCUGAAGGCCUUCAUCAUGGUCAUCUGCUGCUGCCUGCUGCACUACGUGGAUUACUCCAUGAUGUACCACAUGAUCCGCGGCCAGUCGGUCAUCAAGCUCUAUGUCAUCUACAACAUGAUGGAGGUAGCCGACCGCCUGUUUUCCUCUGUUGGCCAAGACAUAUUGGACGCCCUCUACUGGACAGCUGCUGAACCCAAAGAGAGGAAGCGGGCUCACAUCGGCCUCAUACCCCAUUUCGUCAUCGCUGUUCUUUAUGUGUUUCUGCAUGCUGUACUGAUCAUGAUCCAGGCGACGACGCUCAAUGUGGCCUUCAACUCCCACAACAAGUCCCUCCUGACCAUCAUGAUGUCCAACAAUUUUGUGGAGAUUAAAGGAAGUGUAUUCAAGAAGUUUGAGAAGAAUAAUCUGUUUCGCAUGUCAAAUAGUGACAUCAAGGAGAGGUUCACAAACUACGUCCUGGUGCUCAUUGUGUGCCUCAGAAACAUGGAGCAGUUCUCCUGGAACCCAGAACAUCUGUGGGUCCUGCUUCCCGAUGUCUGCAUGGUAAUAACCUCGGAAGUAGCGGUGGACGUGGUGAAGCAUGCGUUUAUUACGAAGUUCAACGACCUCACAGCCGACGUGUACAGUGAGUACAGAGCGAGACUGGCCUUCGACCUUGUCAGCAGCCGACAGAAAACCGCCUGCACUGACUACAGUGACUCCGUGGCCAGGAGAAUGGGCUUCAUUCCUCUUCCUCUCGCAGUGCUGCUAAUCCGCGUGGUGCUGAGCUGUUUGAGAGCGGAGGGCCCCCUCUUCUACGUGUGCUUGGUGCUUUUCUUCAUGGGAAUGAUGACCCUGAAGGUGCUGAACAGCAUCAUCUUGGUGGGUAAAUCCUGCAUCUACAUUAAAGAGGCCAACCUGGAGGACAGGCUGACGCGGCAUCGCUCAGCGUCGGCCCCGAGGAAGGCCACCAGCCGGCCCAAAUGUCCAGUCGGCUCCCCCAAAGCGGAUCCUGUGGACAGCCCCAUCUCCACCCCUAUCAUCCUCCAGCCGGCCGAGCUGGGGAGUCUCGUCCCCAAGCCCUCCAUCUGUACCCCGGUCCGACCCCCCCCGGAGUCGGACAGGGCGGAGGGCCCCGGCGCGCCCCAGAACGCAUCCGAGGCCAAACUCAGGACCCGGAAGGAUGACCUGCUGGGCAUAGACCGCUUCACCAUAUGUGGCAAUCGGAUUGACUGAAACCUCCGGCAGUGUCCUCUGGGGGGAGCUCUAGAGUCACAUCACAGCACACAAUGGGAUCGUCCAUCGCAAGUGCAUAAUCGCUGGCCACACGGACGACUUGCACUCUUGGUAUUCUGACGAAGGACGUCGUCGCAUUGAGCUGCCGAAGACUUUACUGUAAGAAAUAUCUGGGGGAGGAAAAUAACAUUUUUUUAAACGAGAAACUAAGUCUGAGAAAAGUCUUGAUUUUUACGCAACCGGUUUUAAAGUAUAUUUUUGCUUGUGGACUCUCAGCAGCCUGCGAGCAGUAACACGUGGGCAAAGACAGACAAGCUCAUUGGGCUUUACUGAUAUUCAGUUGAGUCACCCGAUCUGUCGGAGGAUUCGUCUUGAGAAUGUUUCGGCUCAUGUACAACCCCGAUGUUUAAAGUGAAUCCUGAAUCGCUUUUAGCUCGGUACAGUACUUCCUGUUUGGUUACUGUAUUCUCCAGUGCAGUGGCAGCUGAACAGCCCUAAGAACAUUCACCAGUAUCAGGAGUAUCCUUCCAUGUUAUUGGUUUCACUUAUUUGCACUGAUUGUAGGCAAUUUUUUUUUCUUCAUUUUUCUCGAAACUUCCCAACCUUUUGCAAGGAAAUGCUGGGAUUGAUUUCAGAUGUUGAUCUGGACCC